AUGGAUGGUCUGGCCCGAAUGUAUUCCCUUGCUCUGACGGGGACGCAAAUGGACGCCAUAUAUCACACAUCUAUCGUUCUCAACGGGGUUGAAUAUUACUUUGGCCAGGGUAUCCAGACCUCUACUCCGGGAAGCACCCAUCAUGGGCAGCCCAUGGAGAUCGUGAAGUUGGGUACCACUGAGCUUCCAAAUGAUGUUAUUGAAGAGUACCUUGGCUCAUUGGCAACGAUCUAUACGCCUGAGUCCUAUGACCUUUUUCUUCAUAACUGCAAUAACUUUACCCAAGACCUUUCAAUGUUUCUUGUUGGGAAAAGUAUCCCUGAACAUAUUAUCAAUCUACCUCGCACUUUUCUUGAAACCCCUUUCGGGCAGAUGAUGAAACCUCAGAUCGAGAGUGCUCUCAAAGGUGUCACUCAAGGCACCGGGACAGGUCCUGCCCCGGGGCCUAGUGUUCAACCGACCACAGCGAGGACUGUUCCUGCCACAUCACAGCCGGUAACACAUCCAGCACCGGGCACAGUCCGCGUAGUGAGCAAUCUCAGUCAGCUACAAAGCGAGCUGACGCGUGCUUCCAACUCCUGCGCUGUUGUUUUCUUCACAUCUUCAACGUGCCCGCCCUGCAAGGCUUUCUAUCCACCAUAUGAUCAGCUCGCAGCGGAAGCGGGUGAGCGAGGUACUCUCAUCAAAGUCGACAUCGGCGUAGCUCAAGAUGUUGGCAUGAAGUACAGUGUGCACGCGACUCCUACCUUCAUGACAUUUUUGAAAGGCCAAAAGCUGGAUCAAUGGAGCGGUGAAACCCCGGCUAAGCUAGCGGGAAAUGUUCGUAUAUUGUUAGAGAUGGCCCACCCGGCUCACCCUCAUCGUCAACUACGGCUUCCCAGUCUUCAGCGAGAGAUCACGACCUUUGUCAUGUAUAAGAAGGUUCCACCACUCGAAAAGCUUCUCCAAAAGCUCCCUGCCACGUUCAAGGAAGGCCAUGGUGUUGCGCAGGUUAUUGAAUUUGUGAAGCAGCGUCAUUCAACCAACGAAACUGUCGCUGAUAUUAGGGUCCCCGAUUUGCAUGCAUUUGCCACAACAUUGACCUCCACAUACUCGGCACUUCCCAGCGGCAGUCAUUUUGCUGUAGUUGAUCUAGUGCGUCUUCUUCUGCUUGAUCCACGCGCAAGUGGCUACUUCGCCGAAGAAGCCCAACAUGCAACCCUCCUCACUCUCCUUGCGCCGCUAUCCCAAGACGAUCUCUCUUCAUCACACCUCUCUACCCAGAACAACUCACCUCCUCCUCAUCCCCACUCCGCGAGAGCUGCCUCCGUCUCGCGACCAACUCCCCUCCUAGACUCACAAACCAGCCUUCGCGUUGUUGCUGCCUCGUUUGCGUACAAUCUUGCUGCAUUCAAUCAUAACGCCCGAUUUGACGGGAACCCUGAUCCUCUAUCUGAGGGAGAUCAGGUUGAGCUAACUGCAUCGGUGCUUGAGGCUGUUUCGCGGGAAAAUGAGAGUAUAGAAGCCUUGCACGGGUUGUUGUUUGCUCUUGGGCUUCUUGUUUACGAAGCUCCGAUGGACGGGUCUCUCAUUGAUCUUUGUCGCGCUAUGGGCGUGGCGGAGACAAUUUCUGGAAAGACGAAGGUUCAGGCCGUACAGAAGGAGCCGCUAUUGAAAGAGAUUGGACAACUUUUCAGCAAGGGGCUCUAA